CCGGACCGGGGGAGGAGGGGGACGGGGCGGGGAUGUGGACAGGGGAUGAUAAGAUGGCGGCGGUGCGGGAGCUGUCCUGCCUUUGCAACAGGGUCCUGGCGGUCAGGAGCCGCUGCCACCUGCCGCUGGGGCUCGGCCUGGUCUCCAGUCAACGCCGCACCUUCUCCAUCUCGGCCGCUGUGACCGGAGCCCGUGACAGUCGGGAGCUGGAGAAUAACCCGUAUUACAGCAAGUACCAGGCGAGGCUCCGGGAGCUGAGGAGGACAAGACCAGAUGAUUACGAGGCCCGUGUAGCAAAGAAAGAAGAAAUGAAGAGGCAACCAUUAGGAUAUUCAAAACAAGCUGAGUUUAUUAAGCAGAUAGAGCAAGAGUCAAAAGGUUUUGGCAAAAUGGCACAAGGAAAUGGAAGUGGACAAGGACACUUCACUAAGGACAAGACUCUUCAUUCAAUACUGAACCUGGAUAUGAUAAAAGAAAAAACUCCAAGUGAAAUAAAUCAGAUUUGGAAUCAAUAUUUUGCCCAGAAGAAUACUAUCUCUGCAGUAAUUCCUGGGGCGAAGUUUGAUCUGAUGCGUAGCAGAGGACAGAACUGCCCUACUUUCCUGUAUGCUUUGCCAAGGGAAGCAGGCUACGAGUUCUUUGUGGGUCAGUGGUCUGGAACUCAGCUUCACUUUUCUUCACUAAUAAAUAUUCAGUCUCUGGGUCAGAAUGCACCAAGCCAGCUGAUAAUAUAUCAUUACCCUGAGCUUCAAAAGGAAAAGGACAUUGUUCUUCUUACUGCAGAGAUAGACACUCAAUUUCUGGGCACGCAUGAGGCACAGUGUUUGGCAAAUCAAGCAGAGCUCUUCUAUGGUACAGAUUGCCAGGAAAUCUUCAAUCUGGUUAAGACUUUCAACCACAAACCUAAUGAAUUCAAACACACUUCAGUCAUUGCAGAGAUCGAACGGCUUGGAUUUGGAGGCAUGAUAUUGAAACAAAACUCAGAGGCUUAAGAGUUGUGUAAUCUAAUGGAAAAACACAGAGGACUCUGGGACCUGUAUCUGCCAGCCAAAAAGGACACGGUGCUUGAACCUUAUGGUGUGAUUUGAUACCAUGCUGGACAGUUUCUUCACUCCGAACACUUUGCAAUUCUGUGUGAUCCAAGGUUAGGUUUCCCAUUAACCCAUUGCCGUACCCAAUGCUCCUUCAUUGAUAAUUUGUCCAUCUCCAAAUACCCAGAAUAUUUUCAAAAUACAAAAUACUGUAGAUGCUGGAAAUCUGAAACAAAAGCAGAAGUUGCUGGGAAUACUCAGCAGGUCAGGCAGCAUCUAUGGAAAAAGGAAAGUGAGUCAACGUUUCGAGUCCACAACCCUUCGUCAGAAUAUUUUGCUGAGUGGAGUUGUUGUAGAAAGGGUGGGUAUUUGAAGUACAAAAACAACUUAGAGUGUCAGUUGUCUAUGCUCAGUUUCAAUGGCAAAAUUAAAUAUUUUAGCAUAUUAGCAGAUCAUUAUUUAUGAAAAUAAAGUGACAUGAUUGGCAAAUCAAUGUUAAUCCCCAUCAAACUUCAAGUUAUCGAGUAAACCUAAGGUAAGCCAAAUGUAUAAAUGCUCUCCAGUGCAGCUGUAUCAAGUACCAUAAAGCUUUGAGAAAGAAGAUUUUUUUAUUUACCCCCAACCUUCCCUGCCUUGUGGUAAAGUUACUUGGCUUCUGUCCAAUAAUUUCAUCCAAAACCAAACGACAUUUGGGAAAUUACAAGCAAAUUGUGAACCAUGUGCCUUUGUACCCAUGAUGCUAACUAUUAAUGUCAUUUGUUGCCUUUGAGAAUCCCACAUUUUAACAAUCUUAAUUGAAAAAUGUUAUUGUUGGAAUGAUCCUCUGAUAUUCACUGGAAUGUUUGACUUUUUUAAAAAAAAACUAGCAGCCAUACUCUCCAGCUUUGGUAUUUUGAGUUACAACUUGUAUUUAUUGUAUCAUUUUUUAAAUAUGUACUUAGAAAACAUUAGAGGGGAAAAAAUUAAGAAUUUAUUUCCAAUUUACUACUUUCGUUAAUUGUUAAUUUAUUUUAGCUGUCUGCCUGGCUCAGUUGGUAGCACACUUGCCUCUGAGUUGGUGGCCGUUGGUUCAAGCCCAUGGCAGGACUUUGAGCUCAAUCUAGGCUGGAGGAGCACUGCAUUGUCGUUCAUCAGGUGAAUUGUUAAAUCAGUGUGUCGGCUGCCUGUUCACGAGGACUUUAAAAAUCUAUUCUCGAAAAGAGAAGGAAGUUUCUGCUGAUGUUCUGGUCUGAAAUACCCCAAAUAAAAUUAAUCAUU